CACUCAAGAUUUGUGUCUGACUGUAUGAUCUAUGAUAAACGAACACGAAAAAUUAAUCUUCCAGAUCUUCACAAAGAGGAUCUGGAGAGAAUCCUCAUCAAACAAGAAGAAGUAUUCCGUAAUUGUAUCCGUGGGCCUUGAUACCUGUCAUUGCCAAGAGUCAUUUGUAACUUUCCAAGAAAUCCGGGGAAAGAUUGAAACAUGAGUGACAACUGGGGUUUCUACGAAAUUUCCACUGGUCAAAACAGCAUGAGAACUUUCCUUGAUAAUUUUUGAUAGGUUGAGGUUGAGGGAUCUUUCUAUAUAAAGUAUAAACUGAUGCAAACAUUCUAUCUACUAGAUUGAAGAGAGAGAGAGAGAGAGAAAGAGAGAGAAUGGGGGAUAGAGAGCAUCAUGUCAUCAGAGUGUUAGAGUCGAGUAUUAGCGAAGAAGAAUUAGAGGCGAAUGCUUAUAAAGAAUCUGAAGCUGCAAUGCGAAGGAGUCUAGAGGAGCAGAAAAGAGAAGUUGAGACAACAGACAGUACGAGCACACAGUGCAUAGACAGAGUUCCUCCCAGCCUCACUGGAAUCUGUCCAGAAGCCAUUGAGCCUGAGAUUGUCUCCAUUGGACCUCACCACCGCGACAAGGAGAAGUUACUGGAAUUUGAAAGUUACAAAUUGCAGUUUCUUGAAUCGCUUCUUUGCCGAAAAAGGAAUGGAGGGCAUGAUCUGCUGGGCGAAUACUACAAGGCAAUGCUAUCGUUGGAGGAGAGCACAAGAAGCUGCUAUUCUGAGGUGAUAUCCAUGUCAAGCCCUGACUUUGUUCGAAUGAUGGUGCUUGACGGUUGCUUUAUCAUCGAGCUUUUUCUACAGAUGAGUAAGGCCUCCGACGUUGGUCAACCCAUCUUAAGAAGGCCAGGGUUGAUUCCAAUUGUUACGAGAGACCUCCUCAAGCUUCAAAACCAACUCCCUUUCUUCGUCCUUGAAAAACUAUUUGAGAUCUCAUUCUUGCGGACUAAACAACCUCUACGCAAUCUUGCGCUUGAGUUCUUCAAUCAUUCAUUGCCUAGGCCUAGCGAAGUCCUUAAAAUGAUAAUCGAGCCAGGGGAGGCCAAGCACUUGCUUCACUUGUUUCACUUAAGCUUCCUUCUCCAAUCUGAUAUGAUGAUAACUUCCAAAUAUGCCCCGAAGUCAAAAUUGCAACGUACGUUACAGGUACUACGUCAAGCGGCCCUACUCCCUGCCAAACUAUUUAUUUACUUCUCUAGGUUUCUACCUUUCUCAAGAACUCCAUAUGAUAAUGAUCGUGACUCUAAUCACAAGUACCGUCCAUCUUCUGAGUCAAUCCAAUGUACCACACAACUAAGACCCUCCGGUAUCAAGUUUACGCCUCGAAGAGAUGCAGAGAGCUUCUUAGAUAUUGACUUCCGAAAUGGGGUACUCCGAAUUCCACCUAUAACCAUCAAUGACCUCGCCAUUGUUGUCUUCAUCAAUUGCAUGGCCUUCGAACGAUGCCACCAGUACACAUCUCAGAGACAGCACUUCACCGCUUAUAUUGCCUUCAUGAGCUGUCUCAUCAAUUCAACUAGGGACGUCAGGCUCCUCUGUGCUGAUGGGAUAAUCACCGGCUUCUCACUGAACGAUCAAUACGUGGCUGAGAUGUUCACAAAGUUAGGGGAAAAUGUUGUUUUCAACAUAAGGGAAUGCUACCUCUCCGAGCAAUUCAGAGAUGUAGAGGCCUAUUACAGCAGCCAUUGGGCAACUUUCAUGCGAACAUAUUUUAGCAGGCCAUGGUCCUUCAUUACAGUUUUAACUGCCUUCACCGUUCUUCUUCUUGCUGGGAUCCAAACGAUUAUGGCCAUCUUGAGCUACCUUCAAAAAAAAUAGUCAAAAGAUUAAUGUUGAUGCAUGUUGGCCCUUCUCCAGAUUCCGGUUACCGGCAGAUGAGAUCUUAUACUUAUGUCGUAAGUUUGUUUAGGGAUUUCUACUUCUUGCAAUAUGAGUUUGGCCUGACUGAGUGCGAGUUGAAACCGUAUCCAACCGUCACUCGUUUAUUUCUGUUUGCUUUGUAUUUCCCCUGUUUUUCGAAAUGAAAGUUUCAACUAGUCCUGUAUUUGGUGUGUUUUCAAUAAAUAUUCUUCCAGCUUUA